CCUUCAUGCUGAAACGCGACAGCGCUGGAUGGAGCAACCUGUCUUUCUGUCGGUGUGAACUACAGCAUCUGACAUAAAGUCUCAGAGGUUGAAGAAGCAUCGCUGUCACCUGCCGGGAGAAACACCUCCACAGGAUCUGGUGAAUGGGUGAGUGUUUGACCCCAUGGAGCCGCUGAGGGACCUGACCUCUGACCCCAUGGACCCCCUGCUGGUGGUGACCCAGCUGAGGGACCUGGCCUCUGACCCCAUGAACCGCCGGGCCAUCGUCCAGGACCAAGGCUGCCUGCCGGGCCUCAUCCUGUUCCUGGACCACCCCAACCCCCAGGUGGUCUACUGCGCCCUGCAGGCACUCCGGUACCUGUCAGAGUGUCGCUGGAACCAGGAGAAGCUGCAGGGAGAGCUGGGGAUGAUGCUGAGUCUGCAGAGCGUCAUCCAGAACUCCACGACCCCCGGAGAGACGCGCCUCCUGGCCUCUGAGAUCUCCUCUCUCCUCUCCUCCUCCACUUCCUCCUCCUCUCAGCCUGAAGAGAGGCUCAGCUCCAGGCGCCGGGCCCAGUUCUUCCUGGGGUCCAACAACAAGAGGGCCAAGACCGUCACCCUGCACAUCCAGGGGCUGGACGACUGGAGCCGCAGGUCUCAGUGUUCAGAGGCUCUGCUGAGGACCAGAGGAGUCAUCAGCUUCACCUUCAAGAUGAUCCAGAGGAGGUGCAUCGUACGCAUUCAAUCAGAGCUCAGGGCCGAGGUUUUAGCCUCAGCGAUAGCUUCUACUCAGGUGAUGAAGGCUCUUCAGGUGGUGAGAGGAGAGAACGGGGAGGAG